GGGCGGGCGCUCGGGCUGCGCGGGCUCUGGGCAGCAGCAGCAGCAGCAGCAGCAUCCUCUCUUCCUUUACUUCCCUUCCGCUUCUUUCUCUUCCUUCUCCUUCUUCCCCCUCCCCUCCCCUUCUUCCCCUAACCCUUCCACCCCUCUGCUUCUUCUCCGGAGGACGCUAAGUCCGUGAACGGUGGCAGUCGCGACCGCGGGUGCAUUCAGUUUCUGCGCCCAGAUUAAAGAAUCUGAAAUAACAGUUACAAUAGAAGAUAACACCACACCCAGAUCAAAACUAUCCUCCUUAAUGCUAAAAGUAGUCACUUUAGAUUUUAUUGAUCUAAUCCAAAGUAUCUUAUAACUUCUGGCUGGAAUUAAGAUUCUUCAGCUUGUUGUCUCUAACCGAGGAAGCAUUGAUUGGGAGCUACUCAUUCAGAAAAUUAAAAGAAAGAAGCCAGAAAAUAUUAUCAACCCUUUGAGAACACGACAUAACGAACUUUAUAUUUUACCACUUCCUUGAAUAGGAGAAAUAACAAGGCAUUGAAGAAUGGCAGAUGAACGGAAAGACGAAGCAAAGGCGCCUCACUGGACCUCAGCACAGCUAACAGAGGCAUCUGCACACUCACAUCCACCUGAGAUUAAGGAUCAAGGUGGAGCAGGGGAAGGACUUGUCCGAAGCGCCAAUGGAUUCCCGUACAGGGAGGAUGAAGAGGGUACCUUUGGAGAGCAUGGGUCACAAGGCACCUAUUCAAAUACCAAAGAGAAUGGGAUCAACGGAGAGCUGACCUCAGCUGACAGAGAAACAGCAGAGGAGGUGUCUGCAAGGAUAGUUCAAGUAGUCACUGCUGAGGCUGUAGCAGUCCUGAAAGGUGAACAAGAGAAAGAAGCUCAGCAUAAAGACCAGACUGCAGCUCUGCCUUUAGCAGCUGAAGAAACAGCUAAUCUGCCUCCUUCUCCACCCCCAUCACCUGCCUCAGAACAGACUGUCACAGUGGAGGAAGAUUUACUUACAGCCUCGAAGAUGGAGUUCCAUGAUCAGCAGGAAUUGACUCCCUCUGCAGCUGAGCCUUUAGACACGAAGGAAGAGGAGUCCGAGAAGCAAAGUAAGCCUGGUGAAGACCUUAAACAUGCUGCCUUAGUUUCUCAGCCAGAGACAACUAAAACUUACCCUGAUAAAAAGGACAUGCAAGGCACAGAAGAAGAAAAAGCACCCCCAGCUUUGUUUGGGCACACUCUUGUUGCCAGCCUGGAAGACAUGAGACAGAAGACAGAACCAAGCCUUGUAGUACCUGGCAUUGACCUCCCUAAAGAGCCUCCAACUCCAAAAGAGCAAAAGGACUGGUUCAUUGAAAUGCCAACGGAAGCAAAAAAGGAUGAGUGGGGUUUAGUUGCUCCAGUAUCUCCUGGCCCUCUGACUCCCAUGAGGGAAAAAGACGUAUUUGAUGAUAUCCCAAAAUGGGAAGGGAAACAAUUUGAUUCUCCCAUGCCAAGUCCCUUUCAAGGUGGAAGCUUCACUCUUCCUUUAGAUGUCAUGAAGAAUGAAAUAGUUACAGACACAUCACCCUUCACCCCUGCCUUUUUACAGCCAGAUGACAAAAAAUCUCUGCAACAAACCAGUGGCCCAGCUACUGCCAAAGAUGGUUUUAAAAUUGAAGAGCCUCAUGAGGAUAAACCUGACAAAAUGGCAGAAGCACCACCCUCAGAGGCAAUGACCUUACCCAAAGAUGCUCACAUUCCAGUUGUAGAAGAACAUGUUACAGGGAAAGUUUUAGAGGAAGAAAAGGAGGCCAUAAAUCAAGAGACUGUACAGCAGAAAGAUACUUUCACCCCCAGUGGACAGGAACCUAUACUUACUGAAAAGGAACUUGAGCCGAAGCUUGAAGAAAAAACCACCAUUUCUGACAAAGAAGCUGUGCCGAAAGAGAGUAAACCCCCAAAACCUGCAGAUGAAGAAGCAGGCAUAAUUCAGACCUCCACAGAGCAUAUUUUCUCAGAACAGAAAGACCAAGAGCCUACCACAGAUAUGUCGAAACAGGACUCGUUCCCUGUAAGUUUGGAGCAAGCAGUUACAGAUUCAGCCAUGACCUCUAAAACACUGGAGAAAGCCAUGACCGAACCAUCUGCGUUAAUUGAAAAGAGCUCAAUUCAGGAACUUUUUGAAAUGAGAGUUGAUGACAAAGAUAAGAUUGAAGGGGUUGGAGCUGCAACAUCAGCUGAGCUUGACAUGCCAUUUUAUGAAGAUAAAUCAGGAAUGUCCAAGUACUUUGAAACAUCUGCCUUGAAGGAAGAAGCAAUAAAAAGCAUUGAGCCAGGCAGUGAUUACUAUGAACUGAGUGACACUAGAGAAAGUGUCCAUGAGUCUAUUGAUACCAUGUCUCUCGUGCAUAAAAAUGGUGACAAGGAGUUUCAAACAGGAAAAGAACCCCAGCCCAGUCCUCCAGCACAAGAAGCAGGGUACAGCACUCUCGCACAGAGUUAUCCAUCUGAUUUACCUGAAGAACCCAGUUCUCCUCAAGAAAGAAUGUUCACUAUUGACCCAAAAGUAUAUGGAGAAAAAAGGGACCUCCACAGUAAGAAUAAGGACGAUUUGACCCUCAGCAGGAGUUUAGGACUUGGUGGUAGGUCUGCAAUAGAACAAAGAAGCAUGUCAAUCAAUUUGCCUAUGUCUUGCCUAGAUUCCAUAGCCCUUGGAUUUAACUUUGGUCGGGGACAUGAUCUUUCUCCUCUGGCUUCCGAUAUUCUAACCAACACUAGUGGAAGUAUGGAUGAAGGGGAUGAUUACCUUCCAGCCACCACACCUGCACUAGAGAAAGCCCCUUGCUUCCCUGUAGAAAGCAAAGAGGAAGAACAGAUAGAGAAAGUAAAAGCUACCGGAGAAGAAAGUACUCAAGUGGAGACAUCAUGUGAGUCUCCUUUCCUAGCCAAAGAUUUUUACAAAAAUGGUACUGUCAUGGCACCUGACCUGCCUGAAAUGCUAGAUCUGGCAGGCACAAGGUCAAGACUGGCUUCUGUGAGUGCAGAUGCUGAGGUUGCCAGGAGGAAAUCAGUCCCAUCAGAGACUGUGGUUGAGGAUAGUCGUACUGGUUUGCCCCCGGUAACUGAUGAAAACCAUGUCAUUGUAAAAACGGACAGUCAGCUCGAAGACCUGGGCUACUGUGUGUUCAAUAAAUACACAGUCCCAUUGCCGUCACCUGUUCAAGACAGUGAGAAUUUAUCAGGGGAGAGUGGUUCCUUUUAUGAAGGCACUGAUGAUAAAGUUCGAAGAGAUUUGGCCACAGACCUUUCAUUGAUUGAAGUGAAACUGGCAGCAGCCGGAAGAGUCAAAGAUGAGUUCAGUGUUGACAAAGAAGCAUCCGCGCAUAUCUCUGGUGACAAAUCAGGACUGAGUAAGGAGUUUGACCAAGAGAAGAAAGCUAAUGAUAGGUUGGAUACUGUAAUAGAAAAGAGUGAAGAACAUGCUGAUUCAAAAGAACAUGCCAAGAAAACUGAAGAGGCUGGUGAAGAAGUAGAAACAUUCGGAUUAGGAGUAACCUAUGAGCAAGCUUUGGCCAAAGAUUUGUCAAUACCAACAGAUGCAUCCUCUGAGAAAGCAGAGAAGGGUCUUAGUUCAGUGCCAGAAGUAGCUGAGGUAGAAUCAUCCAAAAAGGUGGAACAAGGUCUGGAUUUUGCUGUCCAGGGUCAACUAGAUGUUAAAAUUAGUGACUUUGGACAGAUGGCUUCAGGGCUAAACAUAGAUGAUAGAAGGACAACAGAGCUAAAACUUGAGGCUACACAGGACAUGACCCCCUCAUCCAAAGCACCGCAGGAGGUAGAUGCAUUUAUGGGUGUCGAGUCUGGCCACAUGAAAGAAGGCACCAAAGUUAGUGAGACAGAAGUCAAAGAGAAGGUGGCCAAGCCUGACUUGGUGCACCAGGAGGCUGUAGACAAGGAGGAGUCCUAUGAGUCUAGUGGUGAGCAUGAAAGUCUCACCAUGGAGUCCUUGAAAGCUGAUGAGGGCAAGAAGGAAACAUCUCCAGAAUCAUCUCUAAUUCAAGAUGAGAUUGCCGUUAAACUGUCGGUGGAAAUACCUUGCCCACCUGCUGUUUCAGAGGCUGAUUUAGCCACAGAUGAGAGAGCUGAUGUCCAGAUGGAAUUUAUUCAGGGGCCAAAAGAAGAAAGCAAAGAGACCCCAGAUAUAUCAAUCACGCCUUCUGAUGUUGCAGAGCCAUUGCAUGAAGCAAUCAUAUCUGAACCAGCAGAGAUUCAGAGUGAGGAAGAAGAGAUAGAAGCCCAGGGAGAAUAUGAUAAACUGCUCUUCCGCUCAGACACCCUUCAGAUUACUGACCUGGGUGUCUCAGGUGCCAGGGAGGAAUUUGUGGAGACCUGCCCAGGUGAACACAAAGGAGUGAUUGAGUCUGUUGUGACCAUCGAGGAUGAUUUCAUCACUGUAGUGCAAACCACAACUGAUGAAGGGGAGUCAGGGUCCCACAGCGUGCGUUUUGCAGCACUAGAGCAGCCUGAGGUGGAAAGGAGACCAUCUCCUCAUGACGAAGAAGAGUUUGAAGUAGAAGAGGCAGCUGAAGCCCAGGCAGAACCCAAAGAUGGUUCCCCAGAGGCUCCAGCUUCCCCUGAGAGAGAAGAGGUUGCAUUUUCUGAAUAUAAGACAGAAACCUAUGACGAUUACAAAGACGAGACCACCAUUGACGACUCCAUCAUGGACGCUGACAGCCUCUGGGUGGACACUCAAGAUGAUGAUAGGAGCAUCAUGACAGAACAGUUAGAAACUAUUCCUAAAGAGGAGAAAGCUGAAAAGGAAGCUCGGAGAUCAUCUCUUGAGAAACAUAGAAAAGAAAAGCCUUUUAAAACCGGGAGAGGCAGAAUUUCCACUCCUGAAAGAAAAGUAGCUAAAAAGGAACCUAGCACAGUCUCCAGAGAUGAAGUGAGAAGGAAAAAAGCAGUUUAUAAGAAGGCUGAACUUGCUAAAAAAACAGAAGUUCAGGCCCACUCUCCCUCCAGGAAAUUCAUUUUAAAACCUGCUAUCAAAUAUACUAGACCAACUCAUCUCUCCUGUGUUAAGCGGAAAACCACAGCAGCAGGUGGGGAAUCAGCUCUGGCUCCCAGUGUAUUUAAACAGGCAAAGGACAAAGUCUCUGAUGGAGUAACCAAGAGCCCAGAAAAGCGCUCUUCUCUCCCAAGACCUUCCUCCAUUCUUCCUCCUCGCCGAGGUGUAUCAGGAGACAGAGAUGAGAACUCCUUCUCUCUCAACAGUUCUAUCUCUUCUUCAGCACGGCGGACCACCAGGUCAGAGCCAAUUCGCAGAGCAGGAAAAAGUGGUACCUCAACACCCACUACCCCUGGGUCUACUGCCAUCACUCCUGGCACCCCACCAAGUUAUUCUUCACGCACACCAGGCACUCCUGGAACCCCUAGCUAUCCCAGGACCCCUCACACACCAGGAACCCCCAAGUCUGCCAUCUUGGUGCCGAGUGAGAAGAAGGUCGCCAUCAUACGUACUCCUCCAAAAUCUCCUGCGACUCCCAAACAGCUUCGGCUUAUAAACCAACCACUGCCAGACCUGAAGAAUGUCAAAUCCAAAAUCGGAUCAACAGACAACAUCAAAUACCAGCCUAAAGGGGGACAGGUUAGGAUUUUAAACAAGAAGAUCGAUUUUAGCAAAGUUCAGUCCAGAUGUGGUUCCAAGGAUAACAUCAAACAUUCGGCUGGGGGCGGAAAUGUACAAAUUGUUACCAAGAAAAUAGACCUAAGCCAUGUGACAUCCAAAUGUGGCUCUCUGAAGAACAUCCGCCACAGGCCAGGUGGCGGACGUGUGAAAAUUGAGAGUGUAAAACUAGAUUUCAAAGAAAAGGCCCAAGCUAAAGUCGGUUCUCUUGAUAAUGCUCAUCAUGUACCUGGAGGUGGUAACGUCAAGAUUGACAGCCAAAAGUUGAACUUCAGAGAGCAUGCUAAAGCCCGUGUGGACCAUGGGGCUGAGAUCAUUACACAGUCCCCAGGCAGAUCCAGCGUGGCAUCACCCCGACGACUCAGCAACGUCUCCUCAUCUGGAAGCAUCAACCUGCUUGAAUCUCCUCAGCUUGCCACUUUGGCUGAGGAUGUCACUGCUGCACUUGCUAAGCAGGGCUUGUGAAUAUUUCUCAUUUAGCAUUGAAAUAAUAAUAUUUAGGCAUGAGCUCUUGGCAGGAGUGGGCUCUGAGCAGGUGUUAUAUUCAUUCUUUAUAAACCAUAAAAUAAAUAAUCUCAUCCCCAAACUGUAGUAAUUGUUACAAUUUUAUAUUUAAAAAAUGAAUAGUUCAUGCAGAAAUUGACCUGAUUUCCAUUUGCAACAGAAGACACUGGCUUUACAUGGGUUCAAUUGGACAAUUAUUUUUGCUCUGCUCUGUUUUGCAUGGAGUAUUAUUUUAAAAAUUGCAUUUUUACCUUUCAUGUGCCUGAAGGCUAUCCACUACAUUCUGAAGGCCUUGUUAAAUCCAAGCUGCUCAUUUCACUAUUCUGUUUCUGAGUGAGAAGAUAAAAACUGCCCAUUGUAACUUAUUUCAGGUUAAAUUAAACCAAGGAGUCUGAUUGCAGGAAGGGAAGAGCAUGUAAGAAAUAAGUUUUUUUAAAGUGUUAUUUUGUAUAAAUGGGAAGAAAGAUUCAAUUAAGUUAUUAACAUUUGGGACCUGGAUAAUUAUAUCAGAGUAUGUCAAUCCAAUAAAUUAUUUAACUAAUUAAAAAAAUAGAUUGCAAAGCAUUUGAGCUGUGGUUGAGGAAGUGGUAUAAAAGUGCAUCCCUUAGGAACGAUGCACUUUCAUUAGGAUGGACUCGUGUCUGAUUAGAAUGUCAGUUGAUCAGCUAGAUUUGUGUCCACACUACCAGUUUCACACCCCCUUUCCAUCUGUUUGAUACAGUAUUAUAGAUAUAAAUAUAUAUAUAUUUCUCUGUGGCCAUUUGUGAUACUUCCUCAUAUACUUGAAUAUUAUACUUCUUUAUUCACAGUAUCUGUGUCUCCUGCACCCUUUGGUGUUGCAAUUUUAGGUAUGUGAAAGUAGAUGUUAGCAGGGUUCUCUCCCUAUUUAAAAAAAAAUACAUUAAAAAAGACAAAAAAUUUUAGCAUGAAGUUGCUUUCUGUAACAACUCAAAGCCGUAACCCUGUUUUAGUGCCAGAUACAAGUCUCUCCCGUGAUGCUAGAAAAAAAUUAUUUUUCUUUGCUUUCACCAACAUGGAGUUUGUGGGGGUGGGUCCAGUUAUACAUGAAAGGGUUUACAAAUUGUUGGUUUAAGAUUAUGAAUUUAUCUCACUUUUAAUCACAGGAUAGUUUGGGGUUUAUUCCUAUUAUUAUUCAUGAAACCGACUUAAGAUGUUUUCUUUACUUUUCUUUUUUUCCAUUUGCUAAAGUUGAAAGUUGAAACUAACAGUAAUAGUUUGAAACAUGUUUUCUCAUUUUUCCAAAUAGUAUCUGUUUAUUAAAUUCUCUAAUAGAAGAUGUUUGUCUUUCUUACCCAAAGUAAAGAUCCCCUGAUCCGAAAGAAAAAAAUACAGUACUUUGGGAAGCUAUAGCUAUAAAACACUUGAGACACAGAUAUCUAAAUCAGUUUUUUUCCAAGACUCCAACAUUGCACUCUGUAAAGUAACACAGUGUGAUCUAGUAUUAUUUAUCAGAGAUAAUACUGUUCUGACUGUAUAUACAGUCUAGAACUCACAAAUCAAUUAAUUCCUCUCACAAAUCAUUCAUCUUAGACUUACAAAUAAGCAAUGAAAUAGUCAAUGGCCUGAUUAAGACAAAGAGCUACCAGGCUGGAUGGACACUUUUUAGUAUUUUAUCUUUUCUUUUUCUUGCUCAGGGCUGGUAGGUUGGAUCUGAACCAUUAAAAUCAUAUGGUCCACUAGGCGUAUGAUCUCUUUGAGCCAAAUCAGUUCCUGAAUAUAAAGGAGGAAAUGAUGAGGAUGGACUGAGGCAACAGGGAAGUAUAGAAACAUCCAAGUCAAAAGCCAAGGGAUGCAGAGACAGAGACACAGGUGCUUUUUGGUGACCCAGUGGAUAUGGCAACCAAUGUAACUGCCAUACAAGAAACCCUAGGAGCAAACCCACACCACUCAUUCUCAGCUAAGAGAUUUUACACAGGCAAACAUGUAUUAAACCAUUUAUAAAUCAGUUAUUUUAUAUAAUAGUCAAAACCUUAGAAACCUUAGGAUCAUAGAUAUGUCUAUUUUCUGCCUAUUAAUUGCUGUGAGGUUUGAUGUGACCAAUCUGGGCAAUUUAUUCAUCAGCUUCCCUUGAAGUGCAGCAGAAAAUGGAAGAAAGGUGUGUGGAGACUUAGGGUAUUUUAUUACAUGUUUUGAUAGUCUUAAAUAGUGAUUAAAUUUAUCUAGAAAGAAGUUAACAGCUCAUUAGAAAAGUUUUAACCUGUGAAAUAAGUAUUUUUCUCAACAUUCUUUAAAGUUUUUAUGUAAGUUAACACUAGGUAAACAUUCUACAACUAAAAGUCAGUUUAUUACAAAUACAUAUCAAAAAUAAAGAUUAUACAAUGCACCAAACUACUAUUUGGCAUUAAAACAAACGUUUAUUUCUAAUCACAACAAAAUUAUAAUGAAUAAAUGUUCUUGCUUUGUAUGGAAAUACAAUUCUUUAUUAAAGUUAACAGAAAGGAACUGAUCAUUUGUGCCAGUAAAAGAGAGAAACACACAGGUUAAAGGUCUUCUUGUGGGGUUAAGGGGUAGAACCUAUCUUGCCUUCACUCUCAAGAUAACGACUCAAAUUAAGCUUUUUGAGCACCACUCUUGUGGGGACACACAUACGCUGAUCUAGGAAUGAAAUCUUCGUGGUCUCAAUUCUAGAUCUACUUUGCCAGUUUCUCUCUGGCUUUAGCCUUUGAGAACCUGUAUAAGAAUACAUAAGUAAUCCAGAGCUGUGAAGAGUUAAAAGGCCAACUUCUCCAGUGAACUCACCCUCUGGGUCACUUGCAACCAAAAAUUGGAUACCUCAUAAUGAUGCAGGAAAGACCCGAGUUCUUGAUGAGUUCCAAAGGCCACGUUCAUUUAGGAACCAACUCUCUCUGGAUUCACCUGCUGAAUUCCAGCAGCAUGAUGGGCUGACAUCCCACCUACAAGCAUGACACCUGUGUAACACCAGCUAGGUAUGGCUGAGGAAGGCUGAAAGAAAGCCAUUAAAUGGAAGAAUGUACUGAUUGUAGUGACUUUCUCCAGACACACACACACACACAUACACACACACCCCUAGAGUAAUACAGCAAGCAUGGAAUAAUCAGCCAAUAUAUAACAUUACGUCGGUAUUUUAUUAAAUAAUCUGAAUGUGGUUGAUUUUGACAUCGCUGCAAUUACAAUUUUCUUCUAUUUUUCAAGUCACAAUAAGGAAAAUAAACUACUCAUGGUCUAAAUACCAGAGAUAAAGUAGACUCAUGGCUUGGUAAGGAAAUUUUAAGCAUUCCUUCAAAGAUUGACGUGCUAAAAUAAGUAUUGAUGUUUUGGGUUUUUUUACACCUAGGAUUUUAGCUUGGGUGUGUAGGUGAAGGCCAAGACCCUCUGCAGGAAAAAGCUAUUUUCAAACUCAGAAAAUAAAAUGUCAAUCAUAAAAAUCUACUUCAACUUUAGCAAAAAGAAAAAAAAAAUCAACAAAAAGUAUACUCUGUAUGCUGGGAUUCUGAGGUUCCAACACACCGUUACAAAUCUGUGGGGGGUUUCUUUCUUCUGAUAAUUCUAGAGCCUGUUACCAUAGAAAGGCAUUUCUUCAAUGGCUGGUUGUAGUUAGUUCAUGUUUUUCAAUCAAAUUUGCAAAUGUAUUUGUUGCUGUAUAGUGAUUGUUUUGCAAAAUAAAAUUGCUUGUCACCUAACUGCUA